CGCCAAUUUCCCUGACACGACUUCCUAAAAUAAAAGCAUUAUGGAAUUAAAUGCAUAAACAAUUGGGUUUUCUCUAUAAUGCUUCUGACUUUACGAAAAAACCAUUUUCAUAAUAAUUAAAUAUGUAAUAAACACCAAACCGAGUGAUUUCAUAUAAUUUAUCAUAUAAAGGAAGGCAACAUUGUUACAAAGUGACAGUCAUCUUCCAUGUAAAUUUUGACAUUAUUUUUCAUUGUUGUAAUUUGUCGAGCUUUGUUUUCAAUUGUUAACAAUUAGACCAUAUAUUAGCAGUUUUUAAUAGUAAAGAAGUUUAAUUUCAAAUUGUUUAUUAACACACAUCAAACCAAUUGAAAUGGAGGUCGACGAGGAAGAUUUCGAGGUACCAACUUCAAGUAGCAAAGGCGAAAAGAAGCGUUUCGAUGUGAAAAAGUGGAAUGCCGUCGCUUUAUGGGCCUGGGAUAUUGUUGUAGACAAUUGCGCUAUUUGUCGUAACCAUAUAAUGGAUUUGUGUAUAGAAUGUCAGGCCAAUCAGGCGUCUGCUACCAGCGAGGAAUGUACUGUUGCGUGGGGCGUCUGCAAUCAUGCUUUUCAUUUUCAUUGCAUCUCACGUUGGUUAAAAACCCGACAGGUGUGUCCAUUGGACAACAGGGAAUGGGAGUUCCAGAAAUAUGGCCACUAAGCGUCGUUAGGAGUUUCCAAGCGGUAAUUGAGGGAUCUUGCUCUUUUUUUAUUUCAUCUUCAAUAAAGGCGCUAUUCAAAUCGUCUACAUAUAAUUUAUAACGCGUUUGCUAUUAAACUGCAGUAUUUUUGGUUUAACGCUAAUUAAUAACUUAUAACUAGUUUGUCAAAAUGAUUGCAAAAUAAAUGAAUUUGAUACAAAAGUAUAAAAAGUA